GAUCUUGAACUCAGUCAAGAACUUGAAGAAAUGUUUCAGACGCUGGAAAAAUGUGUUCAAAUGCGCGCAAAGUAUAUGGAGGCGAGUUACCAGUGCUUUGGUGACAAUCCAAAAGAUUCUCCUGAUUGGGAGAUUUAUCCUCCUCCUCCUAAACCUAGUUAUUGGCCACCUCAAGAUCCUUCCAUCGCUACCCCUGAAAUCCCAAUGUCUGUAAACAAUGCUUCGCAAACCUCCCUUGACCAUGGUGUGGAUAUUGCUGCUUUUCGUAUUCCUGAAGAACAUUCGGGAGAGUAUGCCAUGACCGAAUGUGGUGUUUUCCAAAUAUACAAGGACAAGAAUGAUGCUGCUACACACACUAAUGGAAAAUGCCACGUUCCAUCCGUCAAAAACUAUUUUCAAGACAUGGAGUACAUUCAAAAUAUCAUUUCUGAUGGACCCACCAAAAGCUUUGCUUUUCGUCGUCUUCGAUAUCUGGAAAGCAAAUUUCAAAUGUAUGUUCUUUUGAACGAGUAUCAGGAAAUGGCCGACUCAAAGCGUGUGCCUCAUAGGGAUUUCUACAACGUGCGUAAGGUAGACACUCAUAUCCAUCAUUCGUCCUGCAUGAACCAAAAGCAUCUGCUACGCUUCAUCAAAUCAAAAAUCAAAAAAAAUAGCAGCGAGGCCGUCAUUUUCCGUGAUGGUAAACACCUGACCAUUGCAGAAGUAUUUGAAAGUUUGAAUCUGACUGCAUAUGAUCUCAGUAUUGAUACUUUGGACAUGCAUGCACACAAGGAUUCAUUUCAUCGAUUUGACAAGUUCAAUCUCAAGUACAAUCCCAUUGGAGAAUCUCGUCUUCGUGAGAUUUUCUUGAAAACGGACAAUUUUGUAAAAGGCAGGUAUUUGGCUGAACUAACCAAAGAAGUGAUUAAUGAUCUGGAAGCCAGCAAGUAUCAGAUGGUCGAGUAUCGUAUAUCCAUAUACGGUCGGUCAAGAGACGAAUGGGAUAAAAUUGCCAAAUGGGUGAUUGAUCAUCGUCUAUUUUCGCAUAAUGUACGCUGGUUGAUUCAAGUUCCACGUCUGUAUAGCGUCUAUAAGAAAUCGCAUCAGGUCAAGUCGUUUGAAGACAUCAUUCGAAACGUAUUUGAGCCACUAUUUGAGGUCACUAAGGAUCCUCGCACCCAUCCUGAGCUGCAUAUAUUCUUACAGAGAGUAAUUGGUUUCGACAGUGUGGAUGACGAAAGCAAGACAGAGAAACGUAUAUUUAAAAAGUUUCCUGCUCCCAGGGCCUGGACGAUUGCCAUGAACCCUCCAUAUUCGUACUACCUAUACUACAUGUUUGCCAAUAUUUCAUCGCUCAAUCUCUUCCGUCGUGAGCGUGGCUUUAAUACGUUUCUUUUGCGUCCUCACGCCGGUGAAGCGGGUGAUCCUGAUCACCUCACAUGUGCGUUCCUUACUUCGCAUAGUAUCAGUCAUGGUAUUCUGUUGCGCAAGGUUCCGGCCAUGCAGUACCUGUUUUACUUGGAGCAGAUUGGCAUUGCCAUGUCCCCAUUGUCCAACAAUGCACUUUUCCUCAACUAUGAACGUAACCCAUUUUUGACAUUUUUUCAACGUGGUAUGAAUGUCUCGCUUUCCACGGACGAUCCUUUGCAAUUCCAUUUUACAAAGGAACCUCUUAUUGAAGAGUACAGUGUUGCUGCUCAGAUCUGGAAAUUAUCAUCCACAGACAUGUGCGAAAUUGCACGAAACAGUGUUCUCCAGAGCGGUUGGGAACUCAAAAUCAAGCAGCGCUGGUUAGGAAAUACCUGCUAUAUGGCCGGUCCGGCAGGAAAUGAUAUUCACAAGACAAAUGUACCCAACAUUCGUCUUCAAUACCGCUACCAAACUCUUAUGGAGGAACGUAUGAUGGUGCUUAGUGCUCUACGUGUC